UCCUCCUCCUCCAUCAGCGGGACUCCCCCGGCUCGCCUCGCCGUUGUGAUUGGGUGGAAGAUGGCGCUGCGCGGAUGGAAAUCCUAAUGACAGUCUCCAAAAUCGCCUCCAUCUGUACCAUGGGCGCUAAUGCCUCGGCCUUAGAGAAAGAAAUUGGUCCGGAACAGUUUCCAGUGAAUGAACACUAUUUUGGUUUAGUAAAUUUUGGAAAUACAUGCUACUGCAAUUCAGUUCUUCAGGCACUUUAUUUUUGUCGUCCUUUUCGAGAGAAAGUCUUGGCAUACAAGAGUCAGCCCAGAAAAAAAGAGAGUCUUCUCACCUGCUUAGCUGAUCUCUUUCACAGUAUAGCCACCCAGAAGAAGAAAGUUGGAGUGAUACCUCCAAAAAAGUUCAUAACAAGGCUGCGAAAAGAGAAUGAGCUUUUUGACAACUAUAUGCAGCAAGAUGCACAUGAGUUCUUGAACUACCUGUUGAAUACAGUAGCGGAUAUUUUGCAAGAGGAGAGAAAGCAGGAGAAACAAAAUGGUCGCCUACCUAAUGGCAGCAUUGACAGUGAAAACAACAACAGUCCACCAGACCCAACAUGGGUUCAUGAAAUCUUUCAGGGAACAUUAACCAAUGAAACUAGAUGUCUGACUUGUGAAACGAUAAGCAGCAAAGAUGAAGACUUUUUAGACCUUUCUGUUGAUGUGGAGCAAAAUACUUCAAUUACACACUGCUUAAGGGGCUUCAGCAAUACAGAAACCCUGUGCAGCGAAUAUAAAUAUUACUGUGAAGAGUGUCGCAGUAAGCAAGAAGCACACAAAAGGAUGAAAGUGAAAAAACUGCCAAUGAUUCUAGCUCUUCAUCUGAAGAGAUUUAAAUAUAUGGAUCAGCUACAUCGAUAUACAAAACUGUCUUACCGAGUAGUGUUUCCCCUAGAGCUUCGCCUAUUCAAUACAUCAGGAGAUGCCACUAAUCCUGACAGAAUGUAUGAUCUAGUGGCUGUGGUAGUUCACUGUGGAAGUGGACCGAACAGAGGACACUAUAUUGCAAUAGUGAAGAGUCAUGAUUUUUGGUUGCUCUUUGACGAUGACAUUGUAGAGAAAAUAGAUGCACAAGCUAUUGAAGAAUUCUAUGGGUUGACGUCGGACAUCUCCAAAAACUCAGAGUCUGGCUAUAUCCUCUUCUAUCAGUCUCGGGACUGAAUGGGUCUGGGGUGAAAAGUGACUUCUGCCUCACUUCUUCUUCUGGCUGCUGUGGAGAGAAGAAAGUAUGAAUUCCUUUAAAAACAAACUUAAGAGUGCAGAGAAUCAAAGGAGUGGUGGCGCAGUUUGCACAGAACAAAGCCAAGGUUUCAGAGAAGCUUUCUUAAACUCUUCAUAUCAUGUUCAUUUAAUUUGCUCAGGUGUCAUUGCUGACAAUGCUGAUCCACCACAAAUGCCCAGUAGGAACAGAGAUGCCAGCCACUCUUUAAGAACUUGUCAUCAUGCAGCUGAAACGGCAUCUAGAAGACUUGAUCAAAUUCAAGUCGGCGGAAAUAUUUUCAUAAUCUUCAAUAUGCUUUGGAUUUUGGCCAGUGUUGCACUGGAAGUAAGUGCAACUGAAGCAAUAUAAGUUUGACAUACUAAUUUUUUGUUGCUUAUUUCUUAUUACUAAAAGUGCAAAUGAUUCUCUUCAUUGAUUUUACUUAUAUUGAAUUUCUAGGGUUGUUUUUUUUCUUUUUUCUUUUUGCACAACUAAUUAGAGAGCAUUAGCCUAACAGUUGCCUUCCUGGCCAGAAUAAAUUAACAGAAUUUGAUGUUGAAACUAGAAUCAAGAAGGCAAGUAUGUUUUGCUUCUUGUAAGAAGCUUACAUUACUGUAAUAUGUACCUCUAUGGGAACAGCUUUGGGUUUAAACUCCCUAUGGGGAAGAACUUGGUUUAUAACUAUAGUUUAUUUUUAUUUAUGCAUUAUUUCAACUUCUAAGGAUUCUGUGUUUUGUAUUCUUCUCAAUUCCAACAACUUUUGGAACCUAGAUUUGUACAUUAGCUUAUAUGCGAUUUAAAUAUUCUACUCCAUUGCUCAUCUAAAAGAUUUAUCUCAUUUCUCAAUAAGGAUACCUUCGAAACCUAAAGUAACUGGGGGAGGUAUGGGAUUUUGCUUCUUCCACUAGGAGCUGAAGUCUGUUGCUAUAUAUUUGACAUGGUUUAUUUAAAGAGUUUGAAAUGGAACUUGCCUCUGACGUUGUAAAACAGAUUACUUGUUUUAUUACAGUAAGAUGCUAGAGCGUUGGUGAUAUGCCCGUUUUUCUGUUCUAAGUCUUCUAAACAAUUUGACUGCAAUGUAGGACAGAGUUAUACAGGGCCCAGUAGGACCAGGGAGGCAAACGUGUGUAAUUCUGGGCUUAAUUGUGGGAAUAAUUAAAAAUGUAAAGUAGCUUCAGAAUAUCUUGAUCUUCAAUCAGUGGUUGCAGUGGAUAUCAAAAUCCCAGAUGUAUAUGUUAGGCAGAAUAUUCUAGGAGCAAAGAUGUGAAUAGUUCAAGACUCCUUACAGGUGUGGUGGCUCUAUCCAGUAAAAUUUUAAAAAUUAUUAAAUGUUUUUGAGGUCUAAUUGAAUCGUGACAGCAAAGGAUGAUAAGGAACCUGAACUCUUCUUUCACACUUCCAUGGAUCAUCCAUCAUUAUGUUGUCUGACAGUAGCUGAAUGUAAUUUCUUGGGGGGGGGGGGGAGCCUGAAUGCGCAUUUCCCAAUAAGAGCAAUUAUGCUUCGAUAUUUGGCAUCCCGUUCUAGAAUGUGUUUUUUUCCAUUGUAAUUUUGUUUUGUUGGCAAGGUUAAAAUGUAAAAAAUGUUUUCUGUCUGCUGCUAUAACUAAUGCAUUUACUUUACCUGUAUCAUUUAGCUCAGGAAAAAUGACUUCAUAUAACUGAACAGAUUUUUAACAGGGUCACCAAGUGGGCUCUUUAUUUAACAAAUGUGGAAAGGUCAUGUCAAAUUGUAAAGAUUUUUUUUAUAUAUAAAAACAAAGUUUUUGAA